UUCUCUGUUUACAGGUGUUUUGUCAGUACACUCCGCGAGAUAUUCAAGAUGAGAAUCAGCAAGAUCGGGGCUGCGGUCGCCAGCUACUGUGUGCUCACAAGUGCCCUACCUCACGAUGGCGAUGAUGACAAGAAGUCCACGACCACGACCGAACUCGAGGACCACCACACCAAGACGGAGAGACCUGAGUCAUCGUCAACUGUCACAGGUGGCUUCCUAAGCACAACCACUUUCACUACCACGCUUAACGGCAGCCAUCAUGGGUUCAACUCUAGCAUGCUCCAUAACGCCACUCAUACCUUGACGAGCAUUUGCAACAACACUACAACCACGCUUGUAGAGGUUGUUACGACAAAGACCGAUGCGUAG